AUUGCAAUUUUUAUGGUUAGGUUACCGAAAGGGUGGGUGAGUUUCCUGAACAAAUCAAUCAUUACAAAACAAACUUUAUCAAAUUUAUCUCUGCUGUUUCAAUAACAAGUAAAUUUAACUUAUUUAUCCAACAAUAUGACCGAUUCAAAGUAUUUUACAACCACAAAGAAGGGUGAAAUAUUUGAAUUAAAAUCAGAACUGAACAGUGAUAAGAAAGAGAAAAAGAAAGAAGCGGUUAAAAAAGUUAUUGCUAGUAUGACCGUUGGUAAGGAUGUGUCUGCUCUUUUUCCUGAUGUUGUUAAUUGUAUGCAAACUGAUAAUUUAGAGUUAAAAAAGUUGGUGUAUCUAUAUCUAAUGAAUUAUGCAAAAUCUCAACCUGAUAUGGCUAUAAUGGCAGUGAAUACUUUUGUUAAGGACUGUGAAGAUCCUAACCCGUUGAUUAGAGCUCUGGCUGUAAGGACAAUGGGCUGUAUACGGGUUGAUAAAAUAACAGAAUAUCUAUGUGAACCCUUGAGAAAGUGCUUAAAAGAUGAAGACCCAUAUGUAAGAAAAACUGCUGCUGUUUGUGUAGCCAAACUAUAUGACAUUUCGUCUAGUUUAGUGGAGGAUCAGGGCUUUUUGGACCAGCUUAAAGAUCUUUUGAGUGAUUCUAAUCCUAUGGUUGUUGCUAAUGCAGUGGCUGCAUUGUCAGAAAUUAAUGAGAGCAGUCCUACAGGGCAACCACUUGUUGAAUUAAAUACAAACACAAUCAAUAAACUUCUAACAGCUCUGAAUGAAUGUACUGAAUGGGGCCAAGUGUUUAUUCUCGAUUCCCUUGCAAAUUAUAGUCCCAAAGAUGAGCGCGAAGCGCAAAGUAUCUCUUCGGAAGCAGCCGGCAAUCAUUCUCAUACAAAUGAAAUAGCGUCGAUAAUUUCUGAAUUGAGGGAGGCGGGGUUGAUUAUUUAA